CUACAACUGAGUCCAGUACAAACUUAACUACACCUCCAACUGAGCCUACAACAGGCACUACAACUGCUACAACUGAGAGUACUACAAGUUCAACCACAGCUACAACUGAGUACACAACAGCCACUACCACAGCAACAACUGAGUCCACCACAGCCUCAACCACAGCUACAACUGAGUCCAUCACAGGCUCAACCACAGCUACAACUGAGUCUACAACUACAACAGCUACAACUGAGUCCAGUACAAGCUCAACUACACCCCCAACUGAGCCUACAACAGCCACUACCACUGCUACAACUGAGAGUACUACAAGUUCAACCACAUCUACAACAGAGCCCACAACUGUCACUACAACAACUGCAACUGAGUCCACUACUAGCUCAACCACAGCUCCAACUGAGUCCCCAACAACCACUACAACAACUACAACUGAGUCCACUACUAGCUCAACCACAGCUCCAACUGAGUCCACAACAGCCACUACCACUGUUACAACUGAGUCCACAACAGGCUCCACAAUACCUACAACAGCAAGUACUACAAGUUCAACCACAGCUGCAACUGAGUCCACUACAGGCUCAACCACAACUCCAACUGAGUCCACUACAGGCUCAACCACAACUCCAAAUGAGUCCACAGCAGCCACUACCACUGCUACAACUGAGAGUACUACAAGUUCAACC